CUAUAUUGUGAUUUAUAAGAAUUUCUCCUACUGGCCAUUGACCCUUAUAAGCAACUGAAUGCACAUAUUUUCAACCAUAUCAAGGAGUACAUGACAUAAUUUUUCAGUAAAAAUGGAUAAGUCUACUGAAAUAAAUUAUACCCAAUAUGAAUUGCAAUUUAUUUACCUGACAAAAAUAAAAGGAGAAAAGUUGUAGGGGGAAAAGGUGCAGAGCAGGGGUAGGCUUGUUUGAAACAUUAGAAACUGGGUCUCCAUCUGUAGAAUAUCUCUUGAUGCAAUGCCAACCCUUUCAUCAACUAGAUUUAAGAAAAUUUUAUCUAGAUAUAAUUGACCGUGAUUAUAUAACUCUCUCCAAUGAUACUACCAACACAUUACAUUUCCAAAGUUAGAGGAACAUGUACAUGAAAAAACAACCCUCCAUUCGGUAUUGCUUUUAUCACCUCCAGGAUGGACUACUGAAAUAAACCAGUUUCCAGUGCUGAGGUCCUUGAUAAACAAAGGCACAUGCCAGACUUUUUGAGAUUCCAAACUGAAUUAAGAGAACAGUCCAAACAAAGUUACUACUAAUGUGUGAAUGCAACAAACAUGAUGACACAUGGCUGGAACCUAAUUGAUGGCUUAGCAAGUAAGAAGAGGGAUUGUUCAGUGGUGGCAUUUUUCCAGACAAAAAACAACUUAAAACUCUUUCAUAGCUUUGGAGAUAAAGAAGGCUUUUUAGAAACUCUUACAAAACUGGCAUUCUUAGAGCUAUAAAUAUUAUAUGUAAAGCUGAGUGUAAAUCACUGAGAUUAAUCGGUUUUGAAUAGAAGUGUGAACAUGGAACGCAGUUCAUGAUUGCACACAGCUGGUACAUUAUUAACAGAUAAUAAAGUAGAAGGAGGGCUGUUCAGAAUCAGGAGAAAAGGCACAAUUAAAAAAGGUCACUGUGGAGAAAAAAAAGGUUACUUGCAGGUUUCUGCAAUUUUGAUACCAUGGCAAGAGUCUGGGUCACUAUUGCACUUGUGGGGCUUUGUGUUUUCUUAACAUGUUGGUGUAGUGAAGCUGCAUCCACAGGGAGUUUACAAGGGUCUAAACAACUACUCCUGAAUUCUCAGUUACUGCAGCUACAUGUUCCUCAGGUUUAUGGCCAACAGCAACAGUUGACCACAAAUGGGCCUUCUCAGAAAUGUAAUGUAGAUGGGUCUGUCAAGAUUGCUUGUGGUGAACCUGGCUUAAAUGCUACCCAUUGUGAAGCUAUAAACUGCUGUUUUGAUGGGCAGUACUGCUAUUAUGGAAGAACAGUGACUGUCCAGUGCACAAGGGAUGGCCAGUUUGUGUUGGUGGUGGCCAAGGAUGCAACACUACCCAGACUGAGCCUGGAUUCAGUCAGCCUGUUGGGAGAAAAUGGACCCUGUGGUCCAGUUGACUCAAAUGCAGCGUUUGCCAUUUACCAGUUUCCUGUAACUGCCUGUGGGACCCAUGUGAUGGAGCUGGGUGCACAUCUGGUUUAUGAGAACAAGAUGACCUCUUCCUAUGAGGUUGGGAUGGGGCCCCUUGGAGCCAUCACAAGAGACAGCUACUAUGAGCUCUACUUCCAGUGUAGAUAUUAUGCCAUGAGCAUUGGGGCGCUGACCAUUCGGCAUUAUGCCAACGAUCCUCCUCUACCUGUAGUUGCUCCUGGACCCCUCAGGGUAGAACUAAGAAUAGGAAAUGGUCAGUGUGCCACAAAGGGGUGUGUGGAAGUACAGGCAGCCUACACUUCCUACUACAAGGACACAGAUUACCCUGUAGUUAAGGUGCUGAGGGAGCCGGUCUAUGUGGAAGUGCGCAUCCUGGAGAGGUCUGACCCAAAUAUUGUCCUGACUCUGGGACACUGCUGGGCAACCUCUUCCCCUAACCCCUUCAGCGUUCCCCAGUGGGACCUUCUAGUGAAUGGGUGCCCCUACAAGGAUGACCGCUACCUGACUACUCUGGUUCCAGUUGAGAGGUCUCCUGCGGUUCCGUUCCCUACCCAUUACAAGCGCUUUGUCCUCAAGAUGUUCGCCUUUGUGGAUACUACCUCUAUGGCUCCUUUGCACAACCAGGUCUACAUCCACUGCAGUACAGCUGUGUGCCAUCCAAGUGCAACAGAGACCUGUGAACCAAGCUGCAGCAGACAAAGGAGACAUGUACCAGAAGAAAGGGAGGCUCCUCCUGAAUCAGCUGUGGUGUCCAGUGGGGGAGUUGUCUUUAUAGAAAUGGCCUAAAGCCUAACUGGCUUCAAAUCCUAAUGGAAUAAAAGACUUCUCAAGUGACUUGUGGAGUCUUUG